AAUAUAUAUUAGAUUAGUUGAUGAUUUGACUUUGUAGUCAUCAUAUGAUUGUUGUCUGCAAGGAGGGACUUGUCAGCUGUGUAGCGUCUCACUCUCUCUCUCACACCUCUCACCAGCCCUCACCAUGGCCCUCAGCGAUGCCGACGUCCAGAAGCAGAUCCAUCAUAUGAUGGCCUUUAUUGAACAAGAGGCCAAUGAAAAAGCAGAAGAAAUUGACGCCAGAGCCGAGGAAGAAUUUACUAUUGAGAAGGGUCGCCUGGUGCAGCAAAAUCGUCUCAAGAUCAUUGAAUAUUACGAGCGCAAGGAGAAGCAAGUCGAGCUUCAGAAAAAGAUUGGUGCGAGCAACCUGUUGAACAAGUCGAGGUUAGAGGUGCUGAAGGCCCAGGAGUCGCAUAUUAAGAACGUUCUUCACGAGGCACAGCAAAAAUUGAACGUCAUUUCUCAUGAUGUGGGAGCCUAUAGCAAGCUCUUGGAGGACCUCCUCUGUCAGGGGCUGUGUCAGUUACUGGAGCCACAUCUGAUGGUGCGGUGUCGCCGCGUGGACCAAGCCCUUGUCGAGCAGGCCAUAGUUAGAGCUCUCAUUUCGUACAAAAAUCUUUCUGGCAGAGAUGCCAAAUUGGAUAUUGACACUUCCAAUUGGCUUCCUGCUGAAAUCUGUGGAGGUAUUGAACUUGUGACCCGUGCUAAUCGUAUCAAGAUCUCCAACACCCUGGAAGCGCGUUUGGAAAUGUUAUCACAGCAGAUGCUUCCAGAAAUCCGAGCAAUGCUGUUUGGAGUCAAUCCCAACCGCAAGUUUGAUAACUAACGAGUUUAUUAUUUUGUAUCCCUGUGAUGCGAGGUAAAGCCACUCAAAUUCAGAACAAGUGGUAAUGUAAUAUUUGUACGAGACGAAGAAUUUUCAGCAGUCUAGUAAACCUGCUCUUGUUGUAAGUAAGAUCUGCUGUGAAGGCACUACCAUAUACAAUCUUGACAAAUAUGGUGUUGUGUACUACUGUAUAGUUUGAUGGUAUAUGUUUAGGAAAGGUACGAUUGUGUGGAAGAGCUUAAAUUGACGGUGUGUACUCUCCUAGUUGUGCUUGUGGGGGUUGAGCUUUGGCUCUUUGGUCCUGCCUCUCAGCUGGUAGUGCAGGUUAGUCAGAUUACUGUAUUUUCCACUUGUAAUUAGGACUGCUGGCCAUGUUACUCAGCAUACAGUGUUGUUAUAGCAUUAUAAGUCAAUAUUAAACAUUCCUCUUGUGUGAUCAGUGUAAAUAGACAACCACUACUCUACAAUUACUGUAAUGAGUGUUUACCUUAUCCUGUCGGUACCAUUUUAGGCGAAUUUCAACGACUUGAAGCUAGAUUUGAUCUCGACAAGUUAUGGUUGUGUUUUCCAGUAUAUAUGCCACAUGUACGUGGCUUUUCCGUCUUGAGCCUUUUCAUUGUUGUCAUUGUUCACGGCAGGACGAGGCUGCAUUAAGCAGUAACUAGCUCGUGUAAACUUUAAAACUUGUGUAUAAGUGAUGUAUAAAGAUUUUUUUUAGUUGGGUAUUUAUAGUUUUAGUAAUGUAAAUUUGUGGCAACUUCAUUGUUGGCUUAUGAAGCUUGUUCAAAAUGUUUAUAUUGAGUCCUGGAAAUAAAGAAUAUAAUAUC